AUUUCUCUUGUGGAUAAGAUUCCUUGUGUUGUCCACAUAAGAUCACUAUUUUUUUUUUUUUUGGUGUGUGUACUGUGUGUGCGGAAACUUCUUAUACGGUUUAAGCAUUUAUUUGGAUACAUACAUGUAUAUUUGAUACCAAGAAAUUCUGAUAUCCUUUUGUGGAGUGUCAUUCUUUCGCUGGGUUAAUCAAUGUAUUGGUACAGUAUGCAAUCUGUUCCCCUUUUAAAGAAUCUCAGGAGUAGCUUUCAGGAUUUAACAAGACACAGCCUGGAGGUUUCUGGAGUUACUGGUGAUUGUUGCUCAUCUCUCAACCUUCCAUUAUUAAAACAGAACAAAGAGCAGAGCAGAAUGAGGCAGGUCCAGCUUGCGUCGCAUACUGUAAGGUCCCAUGGAUACACAGUUGCAAGGACACACAUGCAUGACUGGCUGAUACUGAUUCUUCUUCUAGUCAUGGUGAUUGUUCUGAAUGCCAUCCACCCAUUUUAUCGCUUUGUUGGAAAAGAUAUGAUGGUCGAUCUUAAAUAUCCUUUUAAGAAUAACACCGUGCCAAUUUGGGCUGUUCCGUUGUAUUCAGUUCUGUUGCCUAUAACCAUUUUUCUCAUCAUCUAUUUUCGUAGGAGAGAUGUCUAUGAUCUUCAUCAUGCCAUCCUAGGCCUGUUAUUCGCUGUUCUGGUAACAGUGGUUAUUACUGAUGCAAUAAAAAAUGCAGUUGGUCGACCUCGACCCGACUUCUUUUGGCGUUGUUUUCCUGAUGGGAAGGAUGUUUAUGAUCGGUGGGGAAAUGUUAUAUGUCAUGGUGAGAAGGAUACCAUAAAGGAUGGGCAUAAGAGUUUCCCAAGUGGGCAUACUGCAUGGUCUUUCUCUGGCCUGGGGUUUCUAUCAUUGUACUUAUCUGGAAAAAUACGAGCAUUUGACAAUAGAGGCCAUGUUGCAAAACUUUGCAUUGUGUUUCUUCCCCUACUUGUUGCAACUCUUGUUGGCAUUUCUCGAGUGGAUGACUAUAGGCACCACUGGCAGGAUGUUUUUGCUGGAGGUCUGCUAGGACUGGUUGUGGCUACAUUUUUCUAUUUGCAUUUUUUCCCACCCCCAUAUCAUGCUGAAGGUUGGGGACCUUAUGCUUAUUUCCGGACCUUGGAGGAGUCGCGUGCACAAACACAAGCAGCUAAUGCUGUGAAUGUGCAGGAUGUGGAGGCUGAGGUUGAGAACCAACAGGAUGAAAGAAACAGAAAUACAUUUAUUGGGUUAUCUUUGGCACAUGAUUCUAGUUCGAGACAAGAAGAAAAUGGGUAGGAGGUCAUCUUGUUUAUUUAUUUAUUUGAAGCUCUACAGUGUACUGCAACUACAUGAGGCAUAUAUAUAUAUAUAUAUAUAUAUAUGUCCAUGCAUACGCUAAUUUUGUCUGGCUGCACCUUCUCAAAGCUGAGGUUCCAUACUUCAGUUACUUCGUAGUUUAGAUGUACAGAGAUAUGAUGCAUCCUUGAAAAAAUGACUAGUUGAGAACUGGGAUGCCUUUUCCUAAGCAGCGUUGCGAAUGUAUAUUGUGAUCAAACUACUAAUAAAGGCUGAUAAAUUCUUCCCCUUCAAAA